AUGCCCUAUACCAGCUCCUGCCCCCCUGCGCUCCUAAGCCCGAUGGCCCUGUGGCUUGCUCUGAUGCUACAUCUCUCUCUUUCCUCCCAAGCUGGAGACAGGAGAAUUUUUCCUGUAGGCAAGUCUCAAGGUGUGAAGGAAAAGACCCUGAUUCUUCUCGAUGUGAGCACCAAGAGCCCAGUCAGGACAGUCAAUGAAAACUUCCUCUCUCUACAGCUGGACCCUUCCAUCAUUCAUGAUGGCUGGCUCGAUUUCUUAAGCUCUAAGCGAUUGGUGACCCUGGCUCGGGGACUGUCUCCUGCUUUUCUGCGUUUCGGGGGCAAGAGGACAGAUUUUCUCCAGUUCCAAAACUUGAGGAACCCGGCAAAAAGUCGCGGUGGCCCUGGUCCUGAUUACUAUCUCAAGAACUACGAAGAUGGUGAGAAACUCGAUUCACCUUGAUCCUGAGUGCGAGGGAGCGGGCACUGUGCAGCGGGAAAGGAGAGAAAAGCCUGCCAGACAGGCCUAGGACUUUUUUCAAAAUCUCUAAAAAGCCCCUGGCCCUUGGCAAGAAAGGCCCCCGACUUUAGAUACUUUUGCGUGAUUUUUUUUAUAGGGCAAUAAAUAGCUCUUCUGAUAUCUCUCUUUUCCAA